AUGCACAGAUUGGUCUUCUCUCCUGUCAGUCACCGCCAUGUCCGGGAUGGCGAUGCCCCUUCCUGCAUCAUUGCUGCACUGAUUUACCGCAUACACUUUCAGUCACCGGCUGCGCCCGCCUCGCCCGGCAUUGCCCGGCAUUGCCCGGUGUUGCCCGGUGCCUCACUGUGUCUACUGAAUUUUCUCAUCUUUCUUCAGAGGGGUAUAUUUACUACUUUUCCAGAAAGACUUCUAGGAAUCAGAGCUGUUUUCUGCAGACCGCAAGGUGUUCGCCAAGUUGGGUUUGAAUAUAUGAAUCGCGAACUGUUAUGGCAUGGAUUUGCUGAAUUCUUAAUAUUUCUUCUGCCACUGAUUAAUACCAGAAAACUGAAAGUAGUUGUUUCAUCGUGGUUCCUUCCUGUAGGUCAUCUCCAUCAUAAUGACGGCACACUAUCAACCCACUAUAAAGAAUGUGCCAUUUGUGGUGAUUGGCCAACUAUGCCUCAUAUAAUCGGUUGUAAGCAUGUUUUUUGUUAUUAUUGUAUUCAAAGUAAUUACUUGUCUGAUGCUGACUUUACUUGUCCAAAAUGUAGCACUGAAAUCCACAAUAUUGAACCUUUGAUAUCAAACAUUCACCAAUUAAUCUAAUAUAAAUUUGCAUAAAUCCAAUUUUGGAAUUAGAACACAUGAUCUUCCACUCUCCAAUUUGCUUACCGUUUUUCAGGUUACUGUCUAUGUCCCUGUGUCAUAACCAGCUCCUUCUUUAUUAUCUCCAAUACUUCUGCUUCACUUGAGUGCAUGUUUACUCCAGGUUGCUGUUUCUUCCGCUGAAACUGUGAUCUCUCGGAGAACCUCCAGGUGUCAUUCUCUUUGAUAAAGUUUUGAUGAUGAGGUCUUCGGAUGGUUCUAUAGGCCGCCUAUUGCUGAUGACAAUUGAAGGUAUUUGGACUAACAGCUUGGGAAGGCCCAGCUCAGUAUUGUGGUCCCUGGAGUAAAGGAUACUGUUCUUGCUUCAUGUGGUAGGUGAAGAAUGUCCUUCAUAUUAAAUAGUUUGUUAAGUUCUCCAAGACAGUAAUGGACGGCUUAUGUUAGAUGAUCGUAUAAUCUGGAAAACGUGAGGGUCUUAAACCCCUUACACAAAUAAAAACAUUUCUUCCAUCGAACGUGUCCAAAGACAGGCAGCUCGAUUUGUUACUAACACCUAUGAGAGAGAAGCGAGUGUCACCAAACUUCUGAAUUCUCUGGGGUGGAACCCUCUCCAAGACAGACGUGAAGCUCACUGUUUGACCUGUUUUUACAAAAUGUUAAAUGGUCAGCUCGACAUAGACUACAAGACCUUCACCAAACCCAAACCAAUUAGGAGCAGACGAGGGCAUUCGAUCCAAUUUGUGAUCCCAGCUACAAAGACAGAUGUGUACAGCAAUUCGUUCUUCCUCCGCACAAUUAAAGCAUGGAAUAAUCUCCACCCAACUAUAGUUACCCAACUAGAUGCAACUAAAUUUAAAGUAGCUCUUUCUUCCCAAUAACCCUUUCUGUCUUAAGCCCUCCCAUCACCAUCUCCAGUUUAAAUUCCAUUUGGAAUAUUUUGGAGGACCAAGAAACCAAGACAGAAGGCACAGUAUACUGGACUGCAGAGCCCACUGAUAGCCUGCAACACAUGUCUGCUGGGUAUAGGGUAAAAUAUCUGCUGGUAUUCAGCAUGUCAGGAGACCAUGCAUAGACAACGUAUCAGGAUGGGCGCCUUCUUCAGACUUGACCUGAAAUGUAAG